GAGGGGAAAAUGAAAAAGAAAAAAACCCAAUAAAUAACACCGUAGUAAUGAUAGGAGGGCGAGGCCGCGAGGGCAGAACAGAACCAGAAAAACAACCGCCAAAGCGAAUGAGGCCGGUUUACCGGUGGCGACGACGGCCGGGGUACGGCGAUGCCGCUGCUUCUUAACUUUUCAGGCGGUGCACGAAAGGCAUAAGUAACUAUAUAUCUUCACCACGGAAAGAGAAAAACUAACUACAAAGACAAGCAAAGAAAGGGAUAGGGAAUUAAACAAAACGGAACGAAACAAAACAAAAACAAAAGUGGAAGGAAAGAGGAAGGAAAGAAGAAAGAAAAAGGCAUACUUUGAGAUGGAAGGCAGGAGAGAGAGUGAGUGAAUGAGUGAAAAGGGAAUCGAUUCGAAGCCCCCAAGAACCUCUUAAGUCAUCUCUGUAGGAGGGUUUGGGGGGGGAAUCUGGUCUAUGGCAUGCCAACAGAAGAAGCAUUGCAUCGAAAGAACUGGAGUUGAGGUUGUCAUCGUCGCCAUCGACGUUGUUGCUAUUCUUGGAUUUGUAUUAGUUUACGCAAAUCGAGACCCUUAUUACUACAAGUGGAAUCCCCCUUCGCUUAUUCCUCCUCCAAAGCAAUGGGGAUUUCGCCUUUCUUCCUCUUCUUGUCUCUUCUCUUCUCACUUGUCUUCGUCUCUCCCAACGAAGUUGUAACAGUGCACGCAUUUACCGGAACCUAUGGAAUUAAUUACGGAAGGAUUGCAGAUAAUAUCCCUCCUCCUGAAAGUGUUGUAACCAUUCUCAAAGCAGCAAAGGUUAAAAAUGUUAAGAUUUAUGAUGCUGAUCAUAGUGUCCUCAAGGCCUUCAAAGGUUCAGGACUUGAAAUAGUGGUUGGACUUGGCAAUGAGUACUUGAAAGACAUGAGUGUAAGUGAGGAUCGUGCCAUGGAUUGGGUGAAAGAAAAUGUGGAGCCAUUUCUUCCUGGGACACAAAUCCGUGGAAUUGCAGUGGGGAAUGAGGUAUUGGGUGGGAGUGAUCAGGAUCUCUGGGAAGCUCUAUUGGGUGCAGUGAAGAAUGUUUACAGUGCUAUUGACAGGCUUCAUUUGACCAAUGUGAUUCAGAUAAUGACUCCACAUUCACAGGCUGUGUUUGCUAAUUCCUAUCCUCCAUCAGCAUGUACAUUUAAGGAGAAUAUCCUUCCAUUCAUGAAACCCCUCUUGGAGUUCUUCUCGCAGAUUGGUUCUCCUUUCUACAUCAAUGUUUACCCAUUUUUGGCCUACAAGAAUGAUCCUGAGCAUAUUGAUCUUAACUAUGCUCUCUUUCAGCCAAAUUCUGGGAUUUAUGACCAGAAGACUCAUCUUCACUAUGAUAACAUGUUUGAUGCUCAGAUUGAUGCUGCAUAUGCGGCUUUGGAGGUGGCUGGAUAUGGUAAGAUGGAAGUCAUUGUUUCAGAAACUGGCUGGGCUUCUCAUGGGGACAGUGAUGAAGCUGGGGCCACAAUUAAGAAUGCAAGGACUUACAAUUAUAAUCUGCGUAAACGGCUUGCCAAAAAGAAGGGAACCCCAUACAGACCAAAGAUGGCGGUAAAGGCAUAUAUCUUUGCCUUGUUUAAUGAGAAUUUGAAAACUGGGCCAACCUCUGAGAGGAACUUUGGACUGUUCAAAGCAGAUGGGAGUAUUGCAUAUGAUAUUGGGUUUACAGGGCUAAUACCUUCUUCUGCAGCUCCUUCUCGUCUAUUUGUUAAGGACAUUCAAACUCGAGGUUGGUUUGGGCCUUUUUCAAUGGUUUUGAUGACCUGUUGUGCUUCACUGCUGCUUCUGGUUUUUACAUCAUGAUUAAAUAAAAAUCAGAGGUUUGGCUCUAUCAUUCUUUCCUCCCAUUUCUUCUUGUUCAAUGCCAAACUAGCGUGAGGAGGCAGUCAAAAGUUCCCAAUUGAAUACAAUACUUGUAAACGUUUUCACGUAUCAUCCAUUAAUCAAUGGUAAUUACUGAUUUUUUUU